GCACUAUGGGAAUACUCAUGGAAAAUCUAAAACUUUAACCUCAGGUGAUUUAACUUCUUUUAUGUAUCAAGUAGCCAAUGGUAUGGAUUACUUAACAUCUCGAGGGAUAAUUCAUAGAGAUUUGGCCGCAAGGAAUAUUCUGAUUACUGAUGAACACACUUGUAAAGUUGCAGAUUUUGGAUUUGCUCGAGACGUUAUGACAUCAAAAAUGUAUGAGAGAAAAAGUGAAGGGAAACUCCCAAUACGAUGGAUGGCUAUUGAAUCCCUUUAUGACAACAUUUUUUCCGUAAAAUCUGAUAUAUGGAGCUUUGGUAUUUUGAUGUGGGAAAUAGUCACUUUGGGGUCAACACCAUAUCCUGGUAUCUCUGCGGCAGAUGUCAUGCGUAAGGUACGCGAUGGAUACCGUCUUGGGAAACCUGAACAUUGCCGACGUGAACUGUAUAACAUAAUGUAUUACUGCUGGUCAGGUGAUCCUAAUGAACGCCCUACUUUUGUAGAAUUGGUCCAAAUGCUAGAUAAACUACUACAUACUGAGAUGGAUUAUAUCGAACUGGAACGCUUUCCUGAUCACGACUACUAUAAUAUCCUGAAUCUGAGUGGCGAAAAGCUGUAAUACUACACUAUAGUUAAUGUAGGUAAAACUUUACGAAAUACUGUUCUAAUAGAAAACAAUUUUUAAAAUUUGUUGAACACUAGUAUAAGUUAUUUCUUAAUAAUUUUACUAAUUACUGUAUUUAUUAUAUAAACUAACAAGAGUAUAUGCUUCUUAUUA